AUGGACGAAUUGUUGAUGUUGCUCAAAGCAAAGGGGGCAGGAAGGAUGUCAGCCUUCGACUUUCGACCAAGACACGGGCCAAGAGAAGGCGGCUGGUUUUUCCAUCAAGGCACCAGGAAGUCUUGCGAAUCUUCAGAGACUUGCCUUCCUCGCCUUGAACUUCCUGCAGCUGGAUGGGAAAGUAUGGAGCGUCCCUAUGAUCCUUCUUUUUAUUAUUUUUUGGCUGGCUCGCCGGCUUUUGCAUGUUGUGAAGGAUUGGGAUUUGCCUUCUUCGUGCGAACGUCCCGCCAAGCGGACAAGGGAAACAGCACACAGUCGAUCACUUUGAGCCUUCCGGGAUUCGCUUCGGGCGCCAAGCCGCGAAGCGGCGACAUGGAGCCGGUGACCCUGCAGGCGGAGGUUCCCGAGGGCGUGGGCCCAGGCGUGAACUUCAACGUCAGCACGCCUGAUGGACAGGUGCUUCAGCUGACAUGCCCGGAUGAGGUCUGCGCCGGUAUGAUGGUAUCCUUCGCGUACUAUCCGAUCGAGGCGGCAGAUGAGUCGGGAGGCGUGCGGCUCCACGACGACGACCGGCGGCGCCUGGAGGAGGGCGCCGCCAUCGCGGCGGCGCGGCAGGAGGAGCUGAAUGCCGCCGGCGUGGUGAUGGCGGUGCCGCCGCCGCCCAUGGAGGAGUUCGAGGGCUUCUCCUUUCCGGCGGCCUCCUUUGCCGCAGGUCAGAAUGCCAUUGUGACCCGCUCCAGCGGUGAGGAGUCCGGCUGCUACAUCCUGGAGGUCUUCCUGACGGCCCUGGGGCCGCUGUACACCGUCUAUCUCGGCCAAGCGGAGGACGGCGAGUACGUCACCAAGAACUGCGAGGAGUCGGACCUGCGGCCGCAGCUCGGAAGUCUCCAGCGGCUCCCUGCUUUUGCCUCCAGCUCUCGCGCGGUGCGUUUUGCUCGCGCAGCCCGGCUGCUGCGGCAGCUGCGCAAUUCGCGGAGCCGCGCGCAGGCGGCGGAGAUGAAGCUGCAGGAGCCGCCCUUGGAGUGCGGGAAAGAGGUUGCCUCGGCGCAGGCUGCUCGCCUGGAGGAGAAGAUGCUGGAGUUGAAAGCCCUGAAAGAGCGCCUGGCCGAGCAGAUGCAAGCGGAGGACGAGGUGUCGCCCUCGUCGCUUCGGGUGUUGGAACUGGUUGCCAGCACAAGUAUGUCCAACCGAUGGGCGCCGCCGCUUUGGCGCGCCGCCUCCGCGGCGCGCACGCCUCGAGCCCGCGCCUGUGCGAGCGCUGCUGCCGCGCUGCCGGCGCGGGUGGGCGUGGUGGGCUGCGGUCAGAUGGGUACCGGCAUCGCCAUUGUAGCCGCGAGGCAUCCGCGGCUGGAGGUGGUGGCGCUGGACGCCUUCCCCGCGAGCCUGGAGCGGUCGAAGGCCUUCGUGGCCGAGUGGGCGGCCAAGGAGGCAAAGAAGGGCCGGAUGAGCGAGACUGAGGUGGCGGACUUCCUGGAGCUGCUGAGCUUCGGCAGCCUGAAGGACGAGGCCUUCCUGCGCGCCGUGGUGCCCGGCCUGGACUUCGUGAUCGAGGCCGUCAGCGAGGAUCUGGAGGUGAAGCAGUCGUGCUACGGGGCUCUGGAGGCGGCGGGCCUGCGGGAGCAGAGCAUCUUGGCGAGCAACACCUCCUCCAUCUCCAUCACGAAGCUGGCCUCGCAGGUCUCCAGGCCGGAGCGCGUGAUCGGUAUGCACUUCAUGAACCCGGUGCCGGUGAUGCCCCUGGUGGAGGUCAUCCGUGGUCUGCGCACCGACGAGGCCACGCUGCAGAGCACGCUGCGGCUCUGCCGGGCCAUGAAGAAGGAGCACUCUACCAGUGAGGACCGGCCGGGUUUCAUCGCGAACCGCGUGCUGAUGCCCUACAUCAACGAGGCGGUCUUUGCUCUUCAGGACGGUGUGGGCACUGCGGAGGACAUCGACAAGACGCUGAAGUUGGGCACCAACGUGCCCAUGGGGCCUCUGACCCUGGCAGACUUCAUCGGCUUGGACACCUGCCUCAGCAUCAUGCGGGUGCUGCACCGGGACCUCGGGGACUCCAAGUACCGCCCCGCGCCGCUGCUGGUGAACUACGUGGCGCCUGGGACCAGAUGGGCACUGGAGAUGGCUCAGGAACCUGUGACCGCAGAUGAGGUGCGGCUGGCGCGGGAGUGUGCGGAGCUGCGGCGCUGGGCCGCGAAGCUGGAGAAGCUGGCGGCGGCCAAGGCGCAGAGGGAGGCCGCACGGAAGCGGGAGAUCCGCAAGACGAAGCAGCUCGAGGUCAUCACGGCCCGGCUGCACCAGGAGGUGGUGAGAAGAUCGAAGUCCAAGAAGGAGAUGGUGGAGACGAAGGCGGCGAGGGCGGCGAAGCCGAAGGCGGAGGCUGUGUCGGCGGCGCCGAGCUCCAACGAGACUAAGGCAUCGCCGGAGAAGGAGAAGAAGAAGCCAGGUGUUCCGUGGGCCAUCAAGCCCAGCAUGUCGGAGAGAGACAAGGCCUACGCGCAGAAGACGCAGGUCUUCAUCACGCGCUUCCUCAUGCGCCGGGACGGCUUCGCCAAGUACGACCUGAACAACAUCGUCUGUCACUGA